CUAGCUAACGUCAGCUAGCAAGCUAACAGCUGGAAGUGGCUGUUUUAGUUUACGUUAAGUUCAAGAGAUUUCAUAAUAUAAUGCAAUUUGAUUCAAGUCAAUAGGUCAGUUUCUCUCCAAAAACGGUAAGGAAAUGCCACCAAAAAGAGUGAAAAGCGGGACAGUGUCUGCUGCUGGUGCAACGGCAGUUGGAAACAAAGGUUGGGAAACUGGACUCACUAAUGCACCAUUUGAGGAGGAGACUUGGAAGGCCAGCAUUUCUCUGGUGGUGGGAGAGAGGCUGGAGGAUGAGGAGCUGACCGGUGCUCUGCUGCUGGCCGUACAGCAACCCCUACGCAGGCUCUUCAGCGUGGUCACCUGGGACACCACCCUAGAAAAGAUCCAUGAACUGGGAAACCCAAAAAUCAAGAAGACCAAGGAUGUACCCAUGUUUUAUGAGGUGAUGGAGGCAGCCAAGGUCCUGCUGGAUGCAGGAGAGGAGCUGCCCUGUGACCUGCUGGGUAAACUGCUCAAGUUCCAGCUCCUGGGAGUCAAGGCCAACGACCAGCAGAGGAGAGCCACAGAGAUGAGGGCUGCUGAGGAGAAGGGUAAGGGCAAGGCUGGCAAUGCCUCCCCAACCAAAGACAAAGGUGGUGCCAAGCCUGCCGCCAAAGGUGACAAGGGGAAGAAAGGGGCAGAGCCCAGCGCCCCAACCAAGGACACCAAGCUGAAAAAGAGGGGCGAGGAGGAUGAGACCAACAAGUAUAUAGAUGAUGAGCCAGACGAUGGUCCUCAGCACUACAUCCUGGUGGUGGGCUUCCAGCAGGCUCAGCUGGUCUCUGUGCUGGACUCCCUGGGGGUCCAUGUGUCCAACGUUAUCAAGCUGACCUCACAGAGACCAGACCGGCCAGAGGGAUCACUGGAAGGGAGUGAUGACAAACCCCUGGAUGGGGACGCGGAGACUAACAUUAGGAGAAGACAACGGGAGCAGUUCUGGGGUCAGUUGGAAGGGGUGCUAAACAGUGGCUCAGCAUUCUCCAAGCUGUUUGAUGUGGCCCGCCUCAGUCACACCGCUAAAGAGAUCCUGCCACCACAAGACAAGGAUAGCCCCGAGGCUAUGCUUGGGUUUGGGACACGUCUGUUUGAAGACGUGGCUUGUCUGAUCUAUGACUGUCUGGACUGGAGGAGACAGCAUCAACACUACCUGAACAACAUGAGACUGGUCCAGGUGCCAUCUGUCCCCAGGGCUGUGGCACGCACCACCCAGGACAGCCCUGCAGAGACGGUUCAGACCACAACGCCUCUGACACCUGGGUCCAAGAAGAGACAAGCCCAAGAGGAAACCACUCCAGACCCUGAACCGGCUGCUCUGAGCACUGAUGUGGACAUGCGUUACUAUAACGACCUGCUGGACCAGAUUCCUCCUGAAGCCUCCUCUGUUCCCCUCAUACUACACUGCAUGCUGGAGCAGACGUUGAGGGAGACGUUUGGUGCUGUGGAGAACACCCAGCAGAAGACUGAACACCAGAGACCUCUACUGAUCAACUGUCAUGACGAGAGAUCCCUGAGACUGCACCACCUGCCUGAGCUCACACACUACUGCACCGACGAGUCUCUGAGCUGGCCGGAGGUGGAGAGAGUGGUCAGACAGUUUGUGUUUGAGAGCAUGCCCCUGACCCAGCUGGAGGAGGGAGGCCUACUGACCUCUGCUGGUUCCCCUCAACCUACCUGCCUGCCCUGGGACGACCCGGUCUGCUUCGCCAAGAACUACCUCAGACACAUCAACAAGACACAAGGUAAAGCGUUCCACCACCAGGAUGAAUCAGAGGAGAGUUUGUCUGAUGUAGUAGAUGUUGAGAUGCAGAGAAUCCGGAUGCGAUCGCUCAGUGACUGGCACUAUACUGAGCAUCACAACGCCAAUGUCUUUCCCCAGAUUCUCCACUCUGCCUCUCAGUCCUACCGCUGCAUGGACACCUACUGUGGUAGUCUAGACAACACCCUGUUCAUCGUCUGUCACAAUCCCAUGAGCCCUCAACGACAGUGCAAGGAAUUAUGGGACAUGGCCCUCCACACCAACGUUGGGUUCAGGAAGUACCUUGACCAUGUGGCCAACUCUAUAUCUGACUGGACCGAGGAGGAGGAGGUGAAGUGGCGAGCUCUGCAGGCCAAGAGAGAGGCAGAGAACCUGAGAGGGCCCACCCCGUCUGACUCCUCAGAGAAAGGCAGGGCAGAGUCGGCGAAGGGCACCAAGAAGGGCACUGUCUCAACAAAACACACUGCAACCUCCCCAGCCAAGUCUCCCAUCCCAGAGGAAGGUCCUCCAGACCAGUACAUCAGAGAAGACUCACUCAAAGCGUGGAAGAUAGAGCAGGACAGACAGAAGGAGGAGGAACAGGUGAAGAAAGCUAAGAAAGAUAAAGGAGGGAAGGGGGCGGAGCGCGCCGACUCGUCCAAGGAGAACAAGAAAACAACCCCCUCGACCGCGAAGAAGAGCAGGGAGGACGUGACCCCUGACCUGGCUGUGGGGACCCCUGGAGAACAGAGAGCAAAGCUGCAGUCGCCCACCGACGUCUUCACUGGAUUCACUGGUUACAGCAUGGAGGGGCAGCUGAUCCAGGUCUCAGGCCAGGCCCACUCCCUAUACCCCUCUGACGGAGGCCACAUCCAGGUGGAGACCAUCCACUUUGUCCAGGGGUCGACGCUCAUCAAGGUGUGUGUGAUGAAGGACAAUCAUCAUUUGUACAGCCACAUCACCCAGCCAAACAGACACCAGGAGGAGAGCCCAAAGGACGCGGUCCCCAUGGAGACACAGAGUCCCACCAAUAAGAGUGUUUGGCUGGGCUCCUUCUCAGCGGUGCUGGACAGCGGCAUCCACCUCUCCUACAGUCACUACGGCCCCACAGGGGAGCAGGGUGAGAUGGAGGCUGGUCAGGGCUCUGAUCUAGACAUGCCCACAGACUCCAGUCUCUCCCCCGUCCCCUCGACCCUCCUCUCCUCCUCAUUGUCCCGGGAGAAACUCAACUCCUCCCACAGCGCCAAAGGGGUGCAGCCGUCCAAAGAGACCAACAAGUCUUCAACACACAGAGAGGAAGAGGAGCAGACCAGAGAGAGUGUGGGUCAGGCUGCGUUAUCUGGCAGCGCUCCGUUCCAGAGACUCAACCUCUCCACCCCCAGUGGUCUGCUGCUGCAGUUCCUCAGGGAUGAUACAGACGACCCAUCGUUACACAGUGAGUUGUCUAGGGUCAUCACUGGUCAGGGCACCGUGGUCAAGUACAUGAGAGACGGAUCAACACAGGUGCUGUUUGCAGACGGUUCAGUCAGUAGCAGUACAGACUCAGGACCCAUCGUCUCCUCUCCUCCUGAACCCCCUGCGAAGGAGGAGGAGGUAGUGAAGGAGACUCCGAUACCAGAGAGAAAAGACAGCAAGGACAAGAAGGGUAAACUGGGUUCCAAGCAGAGCCUGGGGGCUGACCAGAGUCAGAGUGACCCAGAGCCCAGGGAGGAGCAGAGGUCAUCAGACAACACCCAGGGCAGACAGGGGGUCUGUUGGGUCACCACCAGCCCCUCCGGACACAGAGUGGCCACCAUGGGGGACCAGACCACAGACCCUGGCCCGGUCCUGGCCUUCAGAGCCACAGACCCUGUCAGCCAAACUGUUGUUAUCACCCGGGAGGACAAGGUGAUGUCUGUGCUGGACAGAGACGGAACGGUGAUCGUCGACCAUGCAGACGGAACCAGGAUCACUACCCUGUACCAGGAGAGAGAGGCUCUCAGUGGGUGGUCCCAGGAACACAUUAACACAGGGGAGAGGUCCAGCAGUGUGUGUCAUAAGGAGAAGGUGGUGAUGGUGGAGCGGCUGGGGUUUGCCACGGUAACCAUGUUCGGCGAGGGCAGGUCCUGCAGCGUGUUCUUUGGAGACGGGAGCGUCGUCACCGCCACCUGCGACGGAGCGUACCAAGUGUACCCGUCCAGUGUAGGUCUGCUGUUCAUCAACCAGGACGGUAGUUGUGUGUACACGUCAGACCCUGAACACAGCCCAACCCUGAGUCUGGCCAGCUGGAGCCCCAGAGAGCAGCCAGGCAGCUACAGGAUGAACCACACCUCCGCCUCAGACACACUGUGUGAGGUCACAGACCACCACGGGAACCUCUUCCAGGUGAUGAAGGAUGGCCAGGCAUCAGUGGAGAUCUCUAGCCCUCUGGACAGCAGAGUGGAGGAGGAGGAGGAGGAGGAGGAGGAGGGAGGGCUGCCAGAAGAGAGAGAGCUGGCCAAGCAUCCUAUUGGACGUAAAGUCCACAUUCCCAGGUUGUUCAUGGCCCAUGAGGACGGUUCAGGCACAGAGCUGCUGUACUCUCAGACAGUAGAGGAACGUUUGUAUGAGGACUACUCUGACCCUGCUGUCGCCCUGCUUAAAGAACCCCUCCCAGACCUACAGGGUGUGCUGGGUAUAGCGGUGCUGAGACCCUCUCGUCAGGACGUGUGGUCCAGAUGGGUUAUCCAGGCACAGAACAAGGACAUCAUCCCCACCAACCUCAAGUCCCGUCACUGGGACAACUUCCCCUCAGUGGAGAGGAAGACGUCAGGUCCUCUGUUUGGGACCACUCUGGGCCGGGGUCUGACCCUGAGAGAGAAGCCUGUUUCUGAGGCCUGCAGGCCCGUGCUGAGCUGUCCGGAUACCCUGGAGGUCCGACAGCUGCUCCAGUACCAGCCAGUCAGCAGACAGCUCCGCAGGACUCUGGAGACUCGCCUCAAGGAGUACAUGGAGCAGGUUGUCCAGAGAGAGAACCUGACAGAGAAGAUGCAGCUGAAUGACCCUCGUACUGAGGAGGAGAAGAUCCACGCUGCUGACCUGCUCAAACUGGUCCUGUCACUUCCAGAGUCAGAGCACCCCACUAUAGAGAACAGAAUCUGCCCCGUGGAUGCAGCCACCCUGUACAUCCAGGCAAUGAAGACUCCAGCCCUGCAGACUGAGGCCUCGCUCUCGGAGAAACACACAGACAGCUUCAGCAAAGAGGCGAAGGAAACUAUGUGGAAGACCAGGAUAGAGCAACACAGACAGGAGCUGGACCAGGAGAAGAUGUACAGAGAGGCUCUAAGGAACAUAAUCAUUCCUCCUUAUUUCCACUCAGAGAAAGGAGCAGGUUUCCAGUACUCGGAGGUCCCUGAUAUGAGAUCUCUGUCUCAGGACCUUCCUCCAUUCCCCAACACUCCCAACUCCCAGAACUACCUCAGAGAUGCCCCUCGGGAGACAGCAGCCCAGCGACCUUUGAACCCCACGCCCUCUCACGCAGCAGGAAGUGAUGCGCUGCCUAGGAGACCCACCAAUCCCACCCCUCAAACUGCAGGGGACAGCUCUCAUGGUGUCUCUACAGUGAAGCAGCAGCAUGGUGGUGGUAUUGGGCCUGGCAGUACCCAGGUGGACGUGGCAGGGAACCCACGCAGACACAGAGUCAAGCUGCCAGCCUCCAUCCUCAGCUCCAAACCCUUCAGCGUGCCCAACCAGCAGUUCCUGUGUGUAGAGGAGCCGGUGAGGAGGAAGGUGAAGACUGUGUCUGUGACGGGCAGCAGCUGCCCCACGGGGGUUGAGCUCCUCCCAGCAGAGGUCCAGUUUGGGACCCUAAAGGAGGGCUGCAGCUACAGCGUCCACGUGCUCAUGAAGAACGUGGGCUUCCACACCUGCAGGUUCAGUGUGAAACAGCCGCCCCCUGGUACUGGAAUCAGAGUCAUCUACACCCCUGGACCUGUGGCUGCUGGGAUGAAGACUGAGCUUCAGGUGGAGCUGCAUGCCAUGACUAUAGGUCUGGAGGAGUCUGCAGAGAGAGAGGUCUACAUCUCACACCACAUCCACAUCAAGACUGAGCCUGAGAUCUUCUACCUGCCCGUCUUCGCUAAUAUCUUUCUCAAAUGGCUUUUAGUCACACUUUAUUUGGAUAAGUGGUCUCACCCAUCCUCCCCUGAGCGUCUGUAUGACACCAGGACCAAGGAUCAUACCAACGGGCUCCAGACAGGGGUAUCCAAGGUCCGCCUCAUCUCCUCCACCCCUCAGUCAGACGUGAGUGGUCCUCCCUCGCAGAUCUCUUCUCUCCACCACCGUGGAAUCUGUGAAUCAGACGUGGUGUGUGACGGUCUGUGA